UAUCUCCGUACGGAGUAUCAGGUUCUGCUUCGUUAGUGUGCCUACUAAACAAAAGGCAAUCGUAGGUGACUUCGCGCCGACAGUCUUGAGCGGGGCAGUAAUUCGGUCAACAUGUGGCUGCUAACCCGUCCGAACGCUGGCUGGCUUCAGAGUCGAAGAUGGGCAUCCUUUCUGAAAACGACCCUUCUGCUCAACAAAGAGGUUAGUGGUCGUGCUCCGCGUCGAAAGCCGGCGGCGUACCGUAGCGAAUUAAUGGAAGCCCGCCGAGUCGUCGUUAAGUUGGGCACCGCUGUGUUGACGCGUGAAGACGAAUGCGGCCUGGCCUUGGGAAGACUGGCGUCUAUCGUGGAACAGGUCUCCCAGCUUCAGAAUCAAGGAAGGGAGAUGCUCCUGGUCACCAGCGGUGCGGUCGCUUUCGGCAAGCAGAGGCUUAAUAAGGAGAUGCGGAUGUCCAUGUCCAUGCGUGAGACUCUCUCGCAGAAGACCGACAAACUCGGUGACCCCGGCGGCAACCCUCCGCACAAGCGAGCGGCCGCUGCGGUUGGGCAAAGCGGGCUGAUGGCGCUGUACGACGCCAUGUUUAACCAGUACGGAGUUAACAUAGCGCAGGUCCUGGUGACUAAGCCGGACUUUCACAACCCGGACAGCAGACACUGGCUUCGGCAGACAUUGUUGGAAUUGAUUAGUCUUAACAUCAUACCCAUCAUCAACACGAAUGACGCCGUCUCGUCGCCGGCGACGGAACAAGUGGGGCACGUCGUGGACGGGCCCACGAGUAUGGACAAUGACAGCUUGGCGGCGCACUUGGCGGUGGAGGCUGGAGCCGACCUGCUCAUGCUUAUGUCCAAUGUGGAGGGGAUAUACACGAAGCCACCCUCGAUGGACGGAGCAAAGUUACUCCAUACCUACAACCCUGCUUUCAACGGUUGCAUCCAGUUCGGCUCAAAGUCCAAAGUAGGCCUCGGCGGCAUGGAAGCCAAGAUUCAAGCUGCCUGCUGGGCUUUGGAGCACGGUGUCUCCGUGGUGAUCGGCAGCGGGUUCCAGGACAUGGCCAUCACGCGGAUUAUGCAGGGCAAACGCGUGGGCACCUUCUUCACGGAUCACCGCACCAAGAUGCUUUCACUAGAAUCGCAGGCUGCCCACGCCAAGCAGGGGAGCAGAGUGCUCGAAGCUCUCACUGACGAAGAACGUUCGGGGGCCAUCAACCGACUGGCCGACCUCCUGGAAGAUCGGGCUGCUUCUAUACUAGAGGCCAACAAAGAGGACCUUGCUCAAGCUGAGGGCCUUCCUCCAGCCCUGGCGGCCAGGUUGGCUCUUUCGGAGCCAAAGUUGCGGAAUGUCGCGCAAGGACUUCGAGAUUUGGCGAAGUCAUCUCAGGGAGCUGUUGGCCGCGUGCUCCGCCGAUCCCGGCUGGCACCGGGUCUGGAACUGACGCAGGUGACCGUCCCCAUUGGAGUGUUACUGGUUAUCUUCGAGGCCCGGCCGGACUGCUUGCCGCAGGUCGCAGCUUUGGCUAUCGCAACGGGAAACGGCCUUCUCCUCAAGGGCGGCCGCGAAGCCCAGCGUUCUAAUCGACGACUCUACGAACUGGUCCAGGAAGCCCUGGAGCCCGUCCGCUGCGCCGAUGCUAUCGCCCUCGUCAGCACGCGGGAGGACGUGGAAGAACUCCUGACUCUCGAGAAUUGCAUCGAUCUGGUCAUCCCACGGGGAUCGUCGCAACUGGUGCGCGCCAUUCAGGAAAGGAGUCGGGGGAUUCCAGUUCUAGGCCACAGCGAAGGAGUCUGUCACGUGUACGUGGACCAGGAGGCGGACCUCGAGAAGGCCCUCCGUGUGGUCCGUGACGCUAAGUGUGACUAUCCUGCCGCUUGCAAUGCCAUGGAGACGCUCCUGGUACACCGAUCCGUGGUGGACAGUCCUGCCUUCUCCCGCCUCUGUACAAUGCUCAGGAAAGAAGGGGUGGUGCUUCACUCGGGACCCAAGCUCUCCCGUCUGCUGACAUUUGGUCCACCAGCCGCGCGUUCCCUACGUAUCGAGUACGGGGCUCUGGAGUGCGCCAUCGAAGUGGUCGAUUCCGUGGAUGACGCCAUUGAACACAUUAAUGCGUAUGGGAGCGGCCAUACGGAUGCCAUCGUCACAGAAAAUGAGGAAACCGCUAAGAAGUUCCUCCAAGCAGUUGACAGUGCCUGUGCAUUCCACAAUUGCAGCACCCGCUUUGCAGACGGAUACCGCUUUGGGCUCGGCGCUGAAGUAGGCAUCAGCACGGGACGCAUCCACGCCCGUGGUCCUGUCGGCCUGGAUGGCCUUCUGACGAGCAAGUGGAUCCUGCAGGGAGCCGGCGACACUGUGGCUGAUUUUGCCGAGGGCGGCACCAAGCAGUACACCCACGAAGUGAUCGCGUGAUUUAUAUGGAGCUAUAAUUAUUUAUUAUACGAUUGACAGGA